AUGUCUAAAAUAAAGAAAUUCUUUUCGAAGAAGAAGGAAGAAGCUGCUUUUAAACUGAAACUGGGUGGCGGUUUAGGACAAGGGCACACACUAAGUUCACAAAAUACCGAGGCUUCUACCUCAAAUCGCAAACCUAUUGCCGAUGCUUAUGUUCCACCUAAACGCAAAGAAUUAAGCAAUGAAGUAAGAGCAGCAGCAGCAGCAGCUCUGGCCAGAGUAGAAAACAAGGGAUCAAAGGAAUUUAAUACGUCGUUGGCAGCUAUUAAAGCUCAAGCUAAAAGAGAACUUGAAGCUGAACGAAAACUUAAGGAAGAAGUUGUGACACCCGAGCCUAACAAUGAAAAUAACCCUAAUAUAAAUUUGGCUUGCCAAGGAGUUUUCUUUCGCUGUCCUAUCAUAAGUGAUGAAAUUUUGUCGAAGAAAGAAUGGAAAGUUAAAAUUAAGGAUUUUUUAUAUCAGCAACUUGAUGCUGAAAAAGCGUUAACAUCAUGUUUGAUAAUCUACAAUUGCAAUAGCAAGGAAAAGGCAGAAGACUGCAUUUUAACUUUAACAAAAUACUUGGAGAAUAUAGUAAAGUUCCCAAAAGAAGAGAAAUACUACAAAAUCAGGAUGUCAAAUCGCAUAUUUUGUGAAAAAGUUCGCUAUGUUGAAGGCGCUUUAGACUUUCUUCAGGCUGCAGGAUUUCGUGAAGUGGAUUUGGAUGACGAGAAGUUUCUAAUAUGGUCGAAGGAUAAUGUAGAACAGGACUACGAAUUACCAACACUUAUAGAAGCUUUACAAAAUUCUGAACCAAUUCAACUCGUAUUAGAUCGUAACAUAAAAGUGUUGUUGCCUUCUCAGGCUAAACGCGUCGUUUUACCUGAUGAUUUCUACCGUAUUUCACCUGAAGAAAUUAAACGAGAACAACAGCUGAGAGCCGAAGCAAUUGAAAGCGCUCAAAUUCUUAAAACAAAAGCUAUGAGAGAACGCGAAGAACAGCGAGCCUUAAGAAUGUACAAAUAUGCUUUAGUGAGAGUAAAAUUUCCCAAUGGGCUGUUUAUACAAGGAACUUUCAGUGUUUAUGAAAAAAUAUGUGAUAUUUUUGAAUUCGUCCAAUCGUGUCUUCAAGAUGAAUCAAUGGAAUUUAAUUUGGUUGCCUCGAGUGAAGGAAAAUUUACGGAGGAGGAUAUGGAUAAAACUUUAUAUGACUUAAGACUUGUUCCAAAUAUUUUAUUGCUUUUCAACGUAUCUAAUGAGACAACCUCGGGCCAGGAUACAAACUUUUUAAAAGAAGAAUUAUUGCUUUUGGUUCAAUCUAUUUAGGACUAAAAUGACUUAAGAGCAUCUAAAUUUUUGCAUAUAUAUGUACAUGUUUGUACAUUAGAGGUGUUCAAUAUCGAUUUUAAUUAAUAUCUAAAAGUUACUACUGUAAAAUUAGUUAAAUUUUAUUUCUUUAAAAAUCUUAUUAUUUUAAUAUUUAACAAAAUGAUUUCUUUUAGAGAAAAUUGUCUUUUCAACAUAAUUCACUGUUCUAACGAUACUACAACGGAAUCUGUUCCUUUAAAAUUAGGGAACUUGUUCCCAAAACCCGUAUAUACUUGCGUAACACACGUCUUUCUUCAAGAACACACUCAUUUGUGGUAGAUUGGUUAGUGGACCGCACAACACACUACAGGGACUGUUCGUAUGUGGAAUAAUCAUCCUGCAGAGGUAUUCCCUGCCACUUUCGAUAUAAAAUGUCCACAAACACUACUCCCUCUAUCCUCCUUCUCAUAACCUAUUUUCCUAGUUCCAACACAAGGCUUCGCAUAAAAAAGGGUCAUCCCCUUAGUGGUCCAAUAAAAAAAACAAGCUAAAAACAUUAACCUUGGAGUACUAAUCACAAUGUAAGUGAUAAUUUCAUACACCAUUAUUUUUUCAUUUACAAGUUAUGUAAACAAAAUAUUAUACACAUAAAUUUUAAUGAAAUAUCCAUUAAUUGUUAGUUUUUACUAAAUAUCUAAUUUUCUCUAGAAGGUAAUAUUUAAUAUAAAUAUAAAAAAAUAUAAUUUGAAUGGUGUUAUUUUUAAGAACUUAAACAAGUUCUAUUAUUUGCAGAAUUUAACCAUUUCAAUCGAUUUCCGCUACGGUUUUCCAUUAUGGGAAUUUAACUACAAUUUUACACAAGUCAGUUUUUGGAAAUAAUGAACAAAAUAAGAACCCUACUUUAAAAUUGAUGUAGAUACUUUAAUAAUUUUAUUUUAUUUACAAAAUAAACCUACCCUAUUGGGCUAUACUUAAAAUUUAUUUUAGAACACCUCUACCAAAAUACAACAAUCGUUUGAAUCCUCCAAUCCAAAACAAAAUAAAGGCAUUUUUCAUCGACGAAAGUAACACGCAUAGAUAUACAAUAACCACUACUGUGCAGUGCAUUGUGCUGGAACUAGAAAAUAGAGAUAUAACUAUUGACAUUUUUUGCAAAUAUGAGAAUUGGCAUAUCAUCAUCAAAUAGAGCAUAAAAAAUAUGAAAAAACCGCGGUAUUACUUUUCGCGGUUGCUAAAAAAUUCCACGUAUUUCCAUUAGUAUCUCAAUUAUUUUUAAAAAAUCAUGUUAUUGUUUCGCUAAGUUGUGUUUGUAAUUAAUAAUAACUGCGGGCAUACUUUAAAAGAUAAUUUGGAAUAAGGGAAGUAUACCUCACACUUGCAAAAAAUGUUGCAUUUUUUUAUAAUAACUGAUUCAUCAUCACUCAGCCCUAACCGUUAAAGCUAGAAACAUGAAUUUUUGGUACUAGGUUUCACUGACGUUGUAUUGACCCAUUAGGAAGGGUCAAUUAUAUUCCUUACUUAUACAACAUUGGCCAUCAUGUAGCGGUAUGCCAAAAAUUUCCCCAAAAUUUAUUAUGUCCCUAAUAAACAUAUGUACAACAGUAAACAUUUAUCUCUAAAACAUGAGAAAUAUGGACUUUCAAAGUAAAUUAAUAAUGUAGCGACAUCUCUUGUUG